AUGGUCCGCAAACUCAAGCACCACGAGUCCAAGCUCCUCCGCAAGGUCGACUUCACCACCUACGCCUCGGACAACAACCACCGCGACGCGGCCGUCCUCCGCCGCUACGCCAUCCAAAACCCCUCCGACUACCAAAAAUACAACCGCAUCUGCGGUUCCCUGCGUCAACUCGCACACAAGCUCGCCGCUCUCCCGCCCGACGACCCAGUGCGCCAGAAGCACGAGGCUCUACUUCUCAAUAAGCUGCAUGAUAUGGGGAUCCUUGCUACGACAUCUAAACUGUCGGCGGUCGAGAAUAGUGUCACCGUAUCGGCGUUUGCGAGGAGGAGGUUGCCGGUUGUGAUGACGCGGUUGAGGAUGGCGGAGACGGUGCAGGCGGCGACGAAGAUUGUGGAGCAGGGGCAUGUGAGGGUUGGGACGGAGGCGGUGACGGAUCCGGCGUAUUUGGUGGGGAAGAGUAUGGAGGACUUUGUGACUUGGGUGGAUGGGAGUAAGAUUCGGAGGAAUAUCCUUAAGUAUAGGGAGAAGUUGGAUGAUUUUGAUUUGUUGUGA